AUGAAUGUCGAAGAGGAGAACAAGUCCCUGGAAUAUAACAAACAGCUGGUAUUGAAGCAGUUAUGGUUUUAUUUGCUGAGGUUCUGGGGAGAACCUCUUGAGGAAAGUAUUCUACUAGAACUAUUGGAUACCAUAAAUGAUAAUAAGGUCGUUACUGAGCCAAAAAAAAGCUCAUCUUACUUUGGAUGGGGAUCUAAGAGUACUUCCGGAGACACUAAAGGUAAGACAGAUAUGUCAUUUGACCCGUUCACAAAAUACGGUAUAGAUAAAGAUGCUAGUGAAAGUUUAUUUUGGAAUUCAUUGAAUAUAGAGACUCCAGAUGAUUAUGUUUUAAAAUUUUUAAGAGCUAGAAAAUGGCAUUUUGAAAAAUCUAUUUCAAUGCUUGUGAAAGCAUUAGAAUGGAGACUCUCAAAGUUUGAUACUUUGAAGAUCAUCAGAGGUGGUGAAAGGAAGUUUUAUAAUGAUAAUAAACAAGGUGUAGUUAAAAAUUUGGAAUUACAAAAAGCCGUCAUCUGUGGUUAUGAUCUUAAGGGUAGGCCCAUUAUCAUUGUUAGACCACAUUUGCACUAUUCCAAAGAUCAAACACCUGAAGAAUUAGAGGAAUAUGCGCUUUUAGUUAUUGAACAAACAAGAUUAUUCUUUAAGGAACCUGUUCUUUCGGCUACUAUUUUAUUUGAUUUAACUGAUUUCACAAUGGCAAAUAUGGAUUAUGCACCAGUAAAGUUUUUAGUGGAAGUUUUUGAAGCUCAUUAUCCUGAGUGUCUUGGCCACUUAAUGAUCCAUAAUGCUCCUUGGCUAUUUUCGCCUAUUUGGAAUGUUAUAAAAGCUUGGCUAGAUCCCAUCGUGGCAAGUAAGAUUAUGUUUACAUACAAUACCAAGGAUCUCUUAACUUGGAUUUCGAAAGAAAACCUACCUGAAUAUCUUGGAGGUGAACUCGGUUUUGAUUUUGAUUCUUACGUUUGUCCUGAUGAAUCUGCGGAUGAAACAUUGACUGAUGUUGAACAAAGAGACCCUAUUCAAAAAGAAAGAGAAGCUAUUAUUAGAUCAUUGAAGGAUAAAACUAUAGAAUGGAUAAAAACCAAGGACGAAACAAAAUCACAAGAGCUAUUCAAUGAAAGAAUAGAGAUAAUGGAAAAACUAUCCAAGAAUUACGCAUCGUUAGACCUUUACGUCAGAUCUAGAUCGACGUACGAUAUCAACGGCUCUCUAAAAUUAUAA